AUUGUUUUAUGUGUGGAGCACCCAUCAUUUUUAUCAUUAAUUGUUGCGAACAAAUAUAUGUAUUGAUGAAAAGUUAUAAUUGCAAUUGUAACAUGCAGGCAUUCUCAGUUUACAUUACGUCCGUCAUCGUGAGCCAUACCAUGCAUGCCAUUUACUAUUUGUCUAUAUCACCGGCAAAACAUGGACUUAACCUCAACACGUUUUAAUGAUUACGCUACAUGUGAUAUGUGAUUGAUGCUGGAUAAUUUGUCUUUUAAUCAAUUAAAAUGAAGUUUAAAACAUACACGGGAAUCACUUGGUCCUUACUGGAACUCACUGGUCUGCUCGAAGACGAAGAAUCUCGUGUUUACUAUGAGAAAUCUAAAAAACAUUUUGGUCUGCAUCCAUUCCAUUUGACGAAUUUAAAUGCAUCAUUGAACGAGAUAUUAAGUUCGAAUUUAAAUUCUUACGAUUCUGAAUUAAAAGGGUUUCUGUUGGCAUAUCAAAACCCCAAAUUAUUAACACCAUUGGGCGAAAUAUUUUAUGAUACAUGUUUCAUUCAUAUCGAUGUGGAAGCAGAGUUUUAUAUAUUUAGACCAGAAGUGGGAUCUUCCAUAAAAGGAAUUGUAAAUAAGAAAGGUGUCGACCAUAUCGGAGUCCUUGUACAUAAAGCAUUCAAUGUAUCUAUUCCAAAGCCAGAUGAUCAAGAAAACUGGUUGGGCGACAAUCUUGAGAUAGGUCAAGAAGUAAAAUUUGUAGUAACUUUUCUUGAUCUUAAUAGUAAAUUACCAUUUAUUCGUGGUAAUUUAGAUCCAGACAAUUAUCUACAAGGAUGUAGAUUAUUCAAAAAGGCAGUUCACCGUAAAAAGCAGCAAAUUGAUAUAGGAAAUUUGCAUAGCGUUAAAGAGAAGAGGCAACACACAUUCUUUGAUUCAGAAAUCAGUUCAGAUGAGGAUGCAGUACAAGUUAAAGAAGAAACUCCUACACAAAGCAGAAAAAAAAGGUCAUCGUCUGAACAAGAAGAAGUGAUUAAAUAUGAUAAAGAUAAUGAAGAUAAUGAAGAUGAUGAAGAUAAAAGAUGUAUUAAAAAAAUUAAGAAAUCUAGAUCAAGAAAGAAAUCGAAGGAUUACAGUUCGCAAAGUAGUAUAGAUGAAUAUGCUGAUGUAAAGACUAAUAAUUCACCAUCAAGAUUAUCAAGAAGGUUAUCCAGUGUGGAACUUGAGGAUGAAUUUAAAAAGAUUAAAUCAGAGAUUUCAACAAAUAUUAGUAACAACCAAAUUAAGGAAGAAAUUAUAUCAGAGAACGAAAGUAGAUCAAAGAAAAGUUCUGCAAAACGAAAGAACUUAGAUGAAACUGAUAAUUCGGCAAGCGAUUUUGCUACGGAUAAGGACAUAAAGAGUUCCCAUAAGAAAAGUUCCAAGAAACGGAAAGUAUCGCACACAAAUAUUAAUGAAUCACUUACUAAUAUUAAAGUAGAGUCAUUUAAUAAUCGCUUUGUUAACGAGAUUGAUGAUAAAGUAGAAGAAUCACCUAGUAAGAAGAAACAUAAGAAACUCAAAAAUGUUAAUAAUUUUAAAGAAGAAGAUUGUGCAGAAACUAGCUACAACAUAGACGAAGAGAAUGGAACUAGCGCAGACAAAAAGAAGCGGAAGAAACAUUCGAAAAAAGGUAUUCUAGAUCUUAGUGAAGUCAAAGUGGAGCCUACAUUCGAAAACGUUGUAAUUAAAAUAGAGGAAUCUGACGAUAUAAAUACUCACAAUGAGAUAAUUGGAAAGCAAAUAGAUGAUGUUCAUAUAGAUCAAUCAAAGAAACGAAAUUUUAAAGAUAACGAAUUAAAAGUGCACAAAGUAAAAAUAAAGAAGGAAAAAUCUGUACCAAACACUGAAUCAGAUGUAGACCAACAGAAGUUAAAAGUACACAAAGUAAAAGUGAAGAAAGAAAAAUCUGUAAAAAAUCUUGUAUCAGAUGAAGACCAUCAGGAGUUAAAGGUACACAAAAUAAAAAUAAAGAAGGAGAAAUCUCUGCUAAACAUUUUAUCAGAUGAAGACCAACAAGAGAUAAAUAGAGAUAAAGUAGAGAUAAAAGAGGAAAAAUUCGUAGCAAGUACCGUAACGGAUGAAAUUCAAAUCGAUACAUAUAACCAAUAUGACAAGCAGGUAAAAAAGUACAAUAAAAAUUCACCAAAUGAACAAUUAAGUGUAUCAGGAGGUGAUGUUAACAAAGUUAAAGUAAAAAUGGAAAAGUCAAUUAAUGAUUAAUGAAGUGAAACAUUCGAGCAUGUUUCAUUCAAUUUGCAUACUAAGACACGUGUAUAUGUAUACACACGCAGAUGCAUAUAAGAAUAUUAUAUUUUAUAUUUCUGUGCACAAACUGGAAUUGUAAAUAGUAUACAUAUAUUGUCAAUCAAUUUUAGUAAAUAAUUCUUUUCUGAAUAUCGAAUUCAAUGUAUAAUUGCAGUCAUAUAGUGCUACAAUGCAUCUACAUCUACAUAAUGUAUUAUUUCGACGAAUCAGAGUACAAAUAUGACUAAUACUAUGUAAUUAAAAUACUUUUGUAGCAUACUA